AUGUCAAUCGACCCGCGCCUGCUGCAUGGUGGCCUCGACGCCGACGUCGACAUCGACUCUCCUGUUGCUGAAAAUGAUCUUAACCUACAUACGGAGUCUGCGCCUGAACCCGGUCCAUCAAAGCUGACUUUGAAGAUACCGAGUCUUAAGGCCCUCAGAGAAGCGAAGAAGUCAGGCUCCCGAUCAGGAAUUGGCUCGCCCAUAAAUUCGAGCAAAGCGCCGCGCCCGCAGAAGUUGAAGCCAUUGAAGGAAGUCUUGAUGGGAUUGAUCACCAAGAUCAAAAAGAAAGACGAUUAUGCAUUCUUCCUCGCCCCGGUAGACGUCGCAGCUGUACCUGGCUAUACAGACGUCGUCAAGCAGCCUAUGGACUUUGGUACCAUGACCACAAAGGUUGCUCGAGGGCGUUAUCGGUUACUUGAGGAUUUCGCUGCUGACUUUCGGCUAGUCCUCGCCAACGCGAAGGCCUUCAAUCCGCCGGGAUCUAUCUACUAUACUGAAGCUGAGCGCAUCGAGUCUUGGGGCACUGAGGCCAUCGACAAGGCUUCUGCACAGGUCAUACAGAGCGACGCAAAUUGGUCCAUAGACAUCGACGGUUCCGAUCACGCUAUGACAGACGAAGACGACGAAACCCUACAGAGUCCAGCCGUAGGAGCGAGGGAUCGGUUGCGUAGCGUGAGCGUGAGCGGCGAUGCUACAGCUAGUCAUGGUCUGAAGCGACGCGCGGCGGUCGCCGCUGCAGAGGCGUUGGCCACCGAGGAGAAGGAAAAAGAGGCAAGAGGGCGAGGGCAUCACGAUAAGGAGAAGAAGGGCGCAAAUGGCGCUCUGAGCGAGAGUUUGGAGGAGGGCGGACACCUGCCUGGUUUCGAGUAUGGUGUUGGUCACUUUCCGGCGGGUUCGGACUGGGCAGAAACCAUGCUAGCACUCAAGAUCAAAGGGAAACGGUAUAGAACGAAGAAAGAACGUUUGGCUCGCGAGCGCGACGGUCCACCCAUUGCCCCGGAUGGCAGUAUUGACUACGCUGAGCUCGAGGAUCCGUUUACAUACCUAUCUGCACUCCUACCCGCGCCCUUCACGGCCCCUGUCCUCAGCCCUCUUUACCCGCCGUCAACCGAUGAAGGUGUACAUACUCUCCCACCACCAGUAACUGCACCACCACUAUCGGCCGCCGAAAUCCCUACGCCCACAGCAUCGACGACGAAAAGUCGACACAAACACUGGACGCUUACGCGCACUGGUCCUUCGCGGAAACGCGAUAUAGCCGACGAGACUGUUGCGGUACCACAACCAGAGCCUCAGGACCAGCCAAGACCUCUGCAAGCGACCGACUUCGGGGCCUACGCACAUGGACCUCUAGCGCGCGAGUUGUUGCGCGUGCGCCCAAUGAGUGAGGGUCAGCUUCUUGAUCAUCUUGGCGUGACUUUACGACCGUCUGGGAUCAAACCCGAGAAAGAGUUGGAUAAGGGAGACGUCCAGACAGGGGGUGGCGAAGAAGCGGGAGAGCAGGCCUACUUCACGCGCGAUCGCGCUCGCGCUGCUGAAGCCUACCUUGACGAGGUUCUCUACGGCGGCCCGACAGGGCUUGCGUAUCUUCAAAGCAUCGCGCGCUUUGUGACCCCGCCCACUCCUGCGUCCAGCGCCGUCGCGGCUUCCACCGCACAGUCAACCAAGGAUGUGCAGCUGGACGACAAAACAACAGUGAAGAAGGAUGCGGAUAGGAUGGACAUCGAUUCUUCGUCGGAGCCUUCAUCGUCGAUACUCCCCCUCGGCACGACCUUGGCAGCAUAUACAGAGGCACAGUCUGCAGAUCGAAUCACAGGCGGCGCUCAUCGCCUACUCAUGCUUCUCGCACACCAUCUAGCAUCUGGCCCACACCCACGACCGAUCUGUCCUGCGCCUGAACCAAGACUAGAGAGGCCCAUCUUUCCAUUCAGCCAGCAAACAACGCCUACGCUCUUAGGAAAGUUUGCUCAUGCGAGUGCGAACGUACUACCGACGCUUUGGUCCGCCUUUCGCGAGCUCGAUAAUAGCGCGCCCCUUGAUCUGGCCGGUCUGAUCAAAGACGCAAAAGAGCUUUUCCUUGCCGAGGAGGUGUGGGCGGGUCGUACUGCUGGCACGAACGGAGAUACGGCGAUAGCUGGAGGAGACGCCGAAGCGCUCUUCCGCGCGAUGAAGCAUGUCGGCGCGUUGUUGGGCAAAGUGGCAGAGCGCCAGGCAGCUGGUGAUUUACCCGCAGCGAAGUCAGCUCCUGUUGCAGGCGUCAAGGUGGCUACGGAAGACACGAAGGCUGAAGUUGAAGUGGUCAAGAAGGAGGAUGGCGAUGGAGACGUCGUCAUGCGUGGAGAAGAGGAAGAAGAGGGCUCCGACGCCGAACGCGGACGGGCGUUGUCUGCCACUGCCACUGCCUCCGGCCAAGCGUCUUCCUCCGUGUCGGUCUCAGCUAAGGCGCCAGACUCGAGUGCUGCGAAUGUGGAUACGACAUCACAGCCUGUAACGGACGACGAAGACGCCCUACUUCGCGAGGCCCGGCUGAACUUGAUUGCGCUUGCAAAGCGUGCCCCGUUGGAUCGAAUAGGGCCUAUGCCACCACAUCUCGUCGCGCUAGUCCCCGCACACCUGCGUUCGGGUAUACCGACGAAGCGACCCUAG